GAGAUAUUAAAAUUAUUUAUUAAUGGAAAUACAAAAUUUCUUCAUCUUUCAAUUCCAAGAAAUUUUAAUUAUCAAUUACAUUAUAUUCUAGGGGUGGAACAUUGUUUUUCAGAAAUUGAAUCAUUAUCCAUUUAUUGUAAAAUCAGUCAGAAUAUUCUAGAAUUAUUAGCUAGAACAUGUAAAUCAAUCAAAAGAUUAAGAAUUAUUAAUAAUCAAAAUGUGAUUAUUGAUAAUAUUUCUGGAAUCAUUAAAUUAAUUGAAGUACAAGAAAAACUAAAUGACGUAAGUUUCAUCGAUUUAACAAGAAUGAAUAAAUCAUUACACAAAUCUCUUGAAGAAUCAUUAAUUAAACAUGCAGAUACUAUCCAAUAUUUGAGAAUGGAUUGGUUACCUUAUACAAGGAUUCUUUCAUACCUUGUAAAUUUAUUAAGUUUUGAAAUUGAUUUACCAUACAAUAAAAAUUUUGGUGAAUUAUCUAAAUUUAGAUCAUUUCAAAUUAUUAAAAAUAUAAAGGGUCAUGGAGUUCCACCUGAUGUUUUAGCAAAUUUAAUUGAAAGCACGAAAAUACAUCUUUCUGAAAUUAGCAUAUAUUGUGUUGUUUUUAAUGUUAGUGGAGAUAAAAGACUUAUUCAAACUAUUUAUCAAAAUUGUCCAAAUCUAAGAUAUCUUAAAUUAUCAUUAGUUUUUUAUGACAAUUCACUUAUUUCAGAACUUGAUAAUUUAUUAAUUAAUUGUAAAUUUUUAAAUGAAUUAAUUAUUGAUGUUACUGAUUCUCAAUUAUUUGGUUGGGAUAAAUUAUUUGUAAUGUUAGCUAAAUCUUCUUCAAUUAAUUUAUUUGAUUUUAAAUUUUUUUCUAAUAAGAUAAUUGAAUUAAAUCAUAUAAAAUUAUUUUUAGAUAAUUGGAAAGAUAGAAAUCCUAUGUUAUUAAAAAUAUGUACUUCUAUGAGUUUGAAAGAGAAGCAACAAUUAGAAGAUUUAAUCGAACCAUAUAAAGCGAAAGGAAUAAUUAAAAAUUAUUUCAUUGGUUUUGAUGGAAAUAUAAGUGAAAAACUGGAAUGGAUUUAAAUUUUUUACGGCAUAAAAAUAAUUAUAAAAUUCUUUAUAAUCUUUUGUAAUUUUAAUUUUUCUGUAAAAUUAAAUUAAAAAUUUAUUA